GUGCCCAGCUCAAAACAGUCGCGACUCGCAAACACGCCUCUCUUGUCGGUCGGCCUACAUUCCGUUCACAUCGCGCUUGGCUCUGAGCAGUUUGAAUUUGGCGCGUCGACAGUAGCGGUCAAGCCGCGCGCGCGCUCCAAUGCCAGCCGGCGGCCGAACGAACAUAUUGAAAGUUUUGCUCGUGUUAUUUACUUUUUUGUUUGUUUUGGUGCGGUAGACGGACUUGUUUUUAGUGAAUAGAGAUAAAAACUGUAAAUGUAGACGUUUUCAGUGAAAUAAUUACUUAUUAAUGAAUUAAACUCAAGAUUAUUUUAUUAUUAGUGCGGACGGCGACGCCUACGCUAAUGAUUGUAUGAACGGUAGUGUAGUGUACUAAAUAGUGUAGUACAACACGCAAUCAUAAUAUUUACGAUGGACGGCGAAAGAAAAAUAAAUCUAGGUGAAGGGGUCCCUUUGAAUUCGCCAGGUGCUGCGAAUAUUUUUUUGAACACGGGUAAAAAUAACAAAGUAAACGACGGGACUGUUAUUCAUCUGAAAACAGAGAAACCGGCGGACGUCGGUGUUCAUAUAAAUACGACAUUUUCUAUAGCGUCUUCCAAGAAAAUAAAGCUAUUGUUUAUAUUCAACUUUUUACUCAGUGUAAUAUGUAUGGUAAUAAGCUGUUCCAUUGCAUUUUAUUACUGGAACGAAAUGAUUUCGAUGCGAAGGCAACUAGACGACUUAAGAGAACAGUUUCUGAUACAAAACCUAAGAGAGGGAGUUCUAAAUCAAGAUAAAACUGUUCAAAGCCCGCUAGUCUCUAAUUUAAGGCCUCACCUUGGCAAGGGACCAGAGGUGGUACGUGAGGGUCGAAUGGACUUUCGUAGAAGUGAAAUAUCACCGAACGCGAGGAAGUAUUAUGUUGAAGAUCUUGGUGAAGAUAUGCUACUAGUAGACUCAAGUAAAAAGAAUCCUAGUCAUGAUUUGGAACCAGUAUAUGAUUUGUCUGUCUUCCAAAAAGAGCCUCUAGUCGUACAGUUCAAUGGUGCUAUGAGAGAACUAAACAUUGGGUCUCAAUCUUAUAUUGGGCCAUGGGUUCGUGACGUUGAAGUCUCCACGAAGAACAGUGAAUCAAAAAUUGAACUGAACACUAAUUAUUUUACCGUCAAAGAGAAUGGGCUGUAUUUAAUCUAUGCUCAGGUGGUAUAUUUGACGCACGCUCCAAACUGCUACUUUGUCUGGGCCAGGCAACCUGCACAGGAGCCACGAUUACUAACUACAUGUGCUACUGGUGAUGACACCAGCUCCAGACCUCUAAAUAAAUCCCAAAUCUCUUGCUCGGUUCAAACUGUCGCCAGAUUAUAUAAAGGAGACACUGUAAACGUUGCUCAGCGAGAACAAAACAGGACACUGUGGCUCCGUCCAGGUUACACUUACUUUGGUUUUGUUAAACUUAGUUCCUGAUAAGGCUGUGAUAGUUAUAAUGAACUCUAAUGUGGACUUUCCAUACAAUUAGGGACAUGCAAUAUACUCCUUUUAUAGAAAUUGUUUACACAAUUUAAAAUUUGGGUAGUAUGUAGGCGUAUAGCCUUUGUGCCACUUUCAUUCACUUGAUAUGAAUGGUGUGCUACAAUAUAUAUUAUAAGUAUUGCAAGGAAAGUGAUUUAGGUGUGCCAUAUAUUGUACAUAGUGGUCGAUUACGAAUGCAUCACACUUAGUACUUAGACUGAGACGGCUGGUAAUAUUAUAAAUAAUUAAGUUAAACAAUACAACAGUUCAUCCUUUAGUACUUUAGUAAGUACUUUAGUAACAGUUUCAUAAUUUAUAUUUAAUUCAAUUUCAAAAACAUUUACAACAAGGCUAUUAUAACUACAUAAAAAAUAUACGCAUUACUCGUUCGCUGUUACUCUAUAUCAUUAUUUAGCUGUUGUUAUUUUAAUAAAUAAUUAAUAUUUGUUUUAAAUUGCUAUUAUUAGAUAAAAAUGAAAAUAUAUAUGUCAAGCAAUUAAAACUUACUUAAAAAAUCUCAUGAUUUUCUUCCGUAUUGGGGAUAAAAACAAAACAAUGAAGAUUAACUUUAAGUGACUCAUAAACAAUGCUUCCAUUAUGCAUAAGCAAGACGUAUGAUUUAAAAUUUCUUGUUAGUUGAGAAAUCACACUUUUCGUACCAAAAUUUAUUAUGUAUUCCAUUGUGUAAAAUUUAUUUUGUAUUCGUUUGUUCAUGUUAUAAAUAUAUCUGAUAUAAUGUGUGCUAUGGGAAAGAAAUAAUAAUUAAGAAUCUAAUUUCUACUUACUUUUUGCUCAAAACAGCAUUUUUGUACUCUUUAUUAUUAUUAUUAUUAGUGAAUAUGUACUAUAUUCAUUGCACUGCCAGUGAAGCAGGUUUUUAUUCAAUUUUAUGAAAAAUUAAUGCAUAUUUAGGUUUUACAAUAUGGUGUAUUUUAAUCUAAAAGUUAUAUCACUUAAGAUGUUUGUAGUCAAUAUAAUGAGACAAGGUAGUAAGGUUUAAGUUUGUCGUUUGACAUUGUUGAAUAUAUUUUUAAUGGUGCUGAUUGUUAAUAGUGUGAAUGUGUGAUAUUUGAAAUAAUAACAUUAAGAAUAUUGACAGAUAUUUCUAGUAAUAACAUAUAAUAGCUAUUAUUUCUUCCACCAAAAGCCAGUUGUAACAUUAUUUCUUUACUGUCGACAACUUUUUAAUUAUUAUAUUUAAAGUGCCUUUUAGUGCCAGUAAUAUAAAUUGCUACUUAUAAACUAAACGAAAAACUACUUAAUUCGUAUGUAUAUCAAAAUGAUAUUCGUGUUGAUUCUUUGUUUUAAUGAAACUAAUUUGAGAGGAUCUCUUUUUCUUGUAUGGGUUAAAAAGAACAGGAAAUUGAUUAAGUUUUAAAAUUUCGUAAAGCAAAAUUUCUCCUCUACUUAGCAAAACUACCAGUGUUUAUCUAAUAGAAUUAAACAUUUAAGAUAGGUACAGACUGUGUACAUCGACAUACUGCUCAAUAAUACAUACAUUGUUAUUUUAGAUAAUACUAACAAUUUUUUUCAUAUACUUUUUUUUGUUUAAGCUUUUGGUAAAAUAAAGUAGACUACAUGUUCCAUGUUCAGUACCGUCAAUAGUUUCAAUACAAGUAAUCAUAAAUAUGUUUAACACAGAUUACUUAAUGUGAUAUAUAUUAAGAUUAAAUGUUAAAAAUGUUUAGAUAGUACCUAUAUUUAGUAAUUAUUUUGGAAUUCGUUACCUACAAUAAUGCGGAAAUGUAUACAUUUGUAAAGUGCAGGCCAUUAACGAUGUCAUUUAUAUGUUAUGUUUGUAUAUACUACGAUGUAUAUUUAUGUUUCCAGCCUCCCGUCCAUCAAUAAAAUGUGCCUUAAACGA